UUUAUGAACCUAAAGGAAAAGAGUGAUCACUUACCCCUCAAGUAUCCUCUCGUCAGCUGCCUUUGAGCCUUCAAGAUGCCUAUAUCGUCUCUUCCAGCAGCUCUUUUAUCUCAGAUGACAGUUAUUAACAACGUGCCUCCUCCUCCACUUCGCAAUGUACCAGACUUGAAAAUGUCUAAGCGCAUUAAUUAUGGUCAGUUGAAUGCAUUAUGCCACAUUAGAGGACUACAAUACAGCCGGAGUUCGUGCACUGCCUUAUCAGCUCACAAUACAUUUAUAAAACAAUAUCCUAAAAUAUUCCUGCAUCAAAAAACCAGACUGCCUAAACUUUUCAAACAGGAGAAGCAAAGGUAA